CCAGUCGGCACUACUAACAAAUCAGAAUAAAUUUGAAUUAAUUAAUAAUAUAAAUGAAAGGAGGAACUUCGUUGCUAUGGGACACUCAAAAAUACUUCCAUUUGCUGCCAAUAUGAAGAAAAUUUACUGGUCAAAUGAACUGGCAACUGCAGCGCAGCGCUGGGCUGAUCAAUGCGAUCCAUCUCUAUACCCGGACAAAGAAGAUCAGUGUCGAGAUUUAGAAAAUGUGAAUGUCGGUCAGAACAUUGCCAGUAUCUUAGGUCCUUCUCCAGGCCUCAGUGUUAAGAGUUUCGUCGAGAUGUGGUUCAUGCAAGUGGUAGACUAUAUUGGAAGUGUUGCAUAUUACAAUAAAUCUCAAGACUACAAAACCAAUCAUUUAACACAACUUCUGUGGGCUAAUACAGAAUAUGUUGGAUGUGGCAAAUCGAAAUUCUAUGUAAAUGAAAGAAAUACCAUGGUAGAAAGGUUAGUUUGCAACUUUGCACCCAGGGGAAACGUGCAUGGAAGGCCGGUAUAUUCCAUAGGGUACCCUGGAACUCAAUGCAGAAAUAAUAUGAAAUCCGAUGACAAAUAUCAUGGACUGUGUGCCCACGAAAAAGAUUUUACCAAAUUAAUGAACCAAAACCAUCAUCCGAUGAACAGUUUACUCAGGAUCCUAAAUUUAUCAAACGACUCCGUGAAGCAUGAAAUAGAUCCCAUCCGCAAUAUCCUAAGACAAAACAUUGUAAAUAGUAAUUCUAGCAACAAGCAGCGGAAUCAGAAAACAAGGCAUAUUUUGGCUAACAAAACGAAUGGUAGCGUGAAACGCAUUCCACAACUCCGUAAACAACUAUUUAGAAAUAAUAAUUUAAUGAAUAUAUCACAAAAUAACAACGAAUUUCAUUACCAGUACGAUCGUGGACACUCUCAUCUUUAUCAUGGACACGAACCACUACAACAUAACUAUGAGAGUACAACCACAAUGAAUACCAACCCAAAUUUUAGAAGAUACGAUUUUACAACUGAACCUACGAAUUCGUACUCUAGCACAGAUUAUAGAAAAUUUAACCAUUUUGGUCAAUGUACCCGUAGGAAUCAAAAUAAUUGUGCAUCCCAUCAAUGCACAAAAGCACCACAUGAAUGCUGUCAAACAACUAUGUGUCCAUCGACCUGUACCGAAGUAUCGUGUUCUCAAUUCAUGGAAGACCCGCCAUGCCCACUUCCAUAUAUUCCUCUAUCUCCUGAGCCAUGCCCGCUGACACAACAGACAUGCCCCACGCCCGCUUUCACUAAUUGCAACUACCAUACAAAUUGCCCAUGCAGUACUCCCUGUUCUACAACUACAAGAUCGUACUGUCUUACAACUAUAUGUCCAGGUUUACGUAAACAAAACAAUGAAUUUGAUGCUAUCAGAAAACCUGGUACAUAUCAAUAUUACGACUUGAUUCCUAACGUAGUAGUGCGGAGCGGAAAUCAUAAAAAGCCAUUAGAAAUUUUAUCUCCGAAGACUAAGACCUAUGACAUAGAAAACAAUAAAAAAGUACCGAAAAACAAAGAUUCUGAUCUAAUACAUAAAACUUUCGCCGAAUUCCCAAAAUAUAAUUUACAAAGUGACGACUACAUUUACCACUCGUUUGAUCGUGGUUCUCAUUCUGGUUUGCGGAAACGACGACAAUUGAAAAAACAUGUAUCUGUGAAACCUUUUUGGCAACUUGAAAAUCCUGAAGUGAAACUUUUGCGAUUUACAACAUUAUCAAAUAAUCUAAAGACAAAAAAAAACGUGAAACCAGCAAGACUAAUAACAACUACAGAACCAAUAACAGUUUCAUUUAAGGAUGAUACUUCUCAUCCACCUGCGCACAAUAAAACAGAAAAAUAUUUGUCCUUUGAUGAACUAAUGCAUCUCAGAAAACUUAACCCAAAAUUAUUAGGCCAGCAUAACUUUAGACGCGUGGACACCACAACUGAAUAUACUAUGAACACCCAGUUUAUAAAUGUAAAACAUUGCACUCGAAAAGUGACGUGUACAUGGACAGCAUUUAGUGUAGGUUCAGAUAACGGAAACACACAAAUAUAUAUCCCAGGCGAUGGCGGUUCACGUACACCUCCUGGAUAUGUGGACGGAUGUACGCAAACACAUACAUGUACUCGUGAAUUCGUGGAUCGUAACAUAAGAACAACAGCAUCUGAUGGAUCUAAUGGAUCUGAUGGAUCUGAUGGUAAUGAUAAUUCUUAUAAUCCAAAUGAUCGUUCUCCUGGACAUGAUGCUGAUGAUGGAGAUUAUUGCGAGCGUCGAUCACUAAAUGUUCGUAGACGAAAUUCUGAUACAAAAAAACAAACGCCACAUGUAGUUGGACACUUUUCUUAUACGAACAUUCCCAUAGUGAAUAUAAACACAGAUAUUAACUCAUAUAGUACAGGAGGUGAUACAACAGAAAGUAUUUUGGAAAGACAUGAAUGCGAUUGUAAUAACAAUAACGGUAGAAGAAAGAGAGAGGGAGCUCAAUAUUUUAGAGGCUGUGACGAAAAAAAUACAGAAAUGUCCGUAUCGUAUAGUGAUAUUUACCAUUUAAUAUUAAAUAAAAUUUUGAGAUCAAGCCAAAUAGAUAAGUCACGUGAUCAAUGUCCGUGCAACGAAGCAAAAAAAUCUACCACAACCAUGUUCUCCAAAAUAAUAAUUAUCCAGUUUGUUUUAGACAAAGUUGUAUUCAAAAUUAUAUCACCAAAUGUUUAA